UUAUAUUAUGCAGCGAAAAUUGAAAUACAUAUUCUGUUUAAGUAAUGCCUGAAGUAAACUUUUCGGGAUUACAAAUUGAACAAACUUGAUACAAAAUGGGAACAGAAUUGAGGUUUCCUCUUUUGGAGUCUACAGAAACUGGUGAUGACGUCAUAUUGAUAGCACCGUGGCGUAUGUAUGUGUCCCGACCAUCAAAAUUAUCGGAAUCACUCGGGGACGGUUUGAAGCAAGGACAGAAAUCUGAAAUUAACUGUAUGAUGGAUUCAGGACCUCCUGACUAUCAACUGUCAGGACAGCUGGACCAGUUCUGUGAUAUGUGGGUUAUAGAAUGUGAGAAUAAUAAUGAUAUAGAUAUUUGUCUGGAGAAAUUACAACUAAAAUAUUCAUUGCUUCAUGUUAACUUGGUGGAGAGAAAAGUUUUCAAAGAAUCCAUCGAAAUUCCGAUGCUAAUUUUCAUCAACAAUAAAUCAGAAGCGAUAGAAAAAUUGAAGAAUAAUCUUAAUAUGGUGAAAGAGGCUGGGAAUAAUGGAAAACACUUUUCUUAUGAGAUCGACUAUGGACCAGCAGUAGAGAAAUGGGCCUCUGAUGUAUUAAAGAGAGAUUUUGUUUGUAUUGGAGGAAGAUUCUGUAUCACUAACUCUGAUAGUUUUAACCAUGUACUAGACUGGAACAAUAUACUUGGAUGUCUAGUCUGUUUACCCUGUGGUUUGAUGGCUGGAUCAGCUUAUAGGAUAGGAAGAAAAUCUCGCUAUAUGGAAAAGAUAAGGACACCAAAACAAGAUGUGGUAUUAGUUGGAGCUAAUGGUCGAGAUGGUGAUUCUCAGAGAAAAACACUACUCAAACUGAUCAACUGGGCGUCAAAAACCAAAGCAGAUCCACUGAGAGAGGAAACCGAAUUUACAGAUAUUCUAAACAGACCUUCGACCUCCAAGCUCACUAUAGUCGAUACCGAUUCAAAUUUUAAAGGAUACGAAGACCCGCUGCAGAAUCCAGAUUUCCACAAAUAUCUGACUGCAAGAUUGUGUAUUAAGUGUAUAUUUAAACAACACAAGGAACAUGAAACACUGGAUGUAGAAUGUGACGAAACACGAAAUAAAGCCAUAGAAAAACUUCAACGUUCUCAAAACAUCAUUCAAAACAGAAUCAAAAAUUUGGAGAAGACUCGCGCUACAUUGUUAAAAUCAUUUGAGCAAUUGCAAUCUUUGUGUGAAGAUACCUGCGCUAUAGUAACUAAAAGCACUGAAGAAAAUGUUUCAAUUUUAAGAAAAAGUUGUAAACAGAUUAUUACAGACAUCAAGAAAAAUUUAGAAGAAAAUAGGAGGAAAGUAAAGGAUAGGGAAAAAGAAACUGUAAGUGAAAUAGAUGCAGUAAACGUGAUAUAG